AUGUCCUGGUUUCAAGCUUUUCGUGGAGAGUAUGGAUUCACCAACUAUGGAGAGAAAAGGACAGCCGUUACCAUGGAUGUGUCCCUUGCAGCAGUUAUAUACGCAUGCGCACUCAUAUCUUUGGCAACCCUGAUUGCUGCCGCUGGAAUUCGUGGGAAAGAACGCUGGUAUACACUUCUGAGAGUGCUGUAUAGUCUUGCUGUAGGUUCCACCAUUAUACUAUCAAUAUUUGGGUAUUGUUGGAUGGAGGGCCGGAGCAAGGUCAAGGCUCCGUACAUAUACAGAUCUGGGGCCAAGAUCCAGGGAGAGGUUGGGGUGAUGAUCGGACUUCGGAAGAUCAAUAUUACGUUGACAGGACGGUUCGAAUCAGGUGAUGGUGAAGUGUCCUACAAUGAAGAGAUAGCCUUUGACGGAGUAUCCGUUCCUGGUUCGGAACUAAAAGAGUGUUUGGUGAGAGGUCUGCCCGAUCCCGUUAUUGCUAUUAUCGAAUACCUGACGACUGAUCAAGGGGGGUUACGGUGGGGGCGUGGCUUCACCAUGGCGGGUUAUUUUGCGCACAUUUUAUUGUGGACCUCGUUUUCGUUUUGGUUUUUGGCGAAUAUCCUGCUAUGUAGUGUGGUUUUCUACGGAGCAGCAGUGUAUACUCUGACAGGAAUAUGCAUGAUUUUGUCAAACAUCGCAUACCACGUACUGCAACCAACAAAAGACAUGCGCAUGCUCUGCUCAGAUAGUGAUUUUGCUAUCAAAUAUGGCAUAUGUUUCUGGGCUGUUUUAACAGUGGGUGUACUUACCACAAUAGUCGGACUCGGGAUGAUGCUUCUUGAUUACUUCAACCCGAAGUGUCUCGCCACAUUCUUUAUGAUCGACAGCCAGUGUGGAGAUGAUCAGACAGAUACGUCACAACUGAACCUCAAAAAUCCCGUCAUUUACAAACAUGCAUCAGUAUCAGAAAAACAUGAGACGCCAUGUUUCACUCCCAGAUAUAGGAGUAACUAA